UUAAUCUACGAAAAAAAAACAAAGCAACGCAUCAGGACCCAAACAAACACUUUUUCUCGUUGCGGAAUAAAAACACCAAAUUUGAUAAGGAACAGAUUUGAGCACUGCGAGUGUACUGCCAAUACGAAACACGAACUGAACAUUAUUUCAUUUCCCAUUAUUCAAAAAUAUUUAUUUAGCAGCUCCUGCUUACAGAAUACGUUAGUUUGCAACGAUCAUUAUCGUUGUGUAGUUAGCGAUGAAGCUCCUGCGGACGACGGUUGUUUUCAUUAUUUUUGGAUUAUCCCAGCUGAGUCAGAGCUCUGCAGCAUACAUUGAUCCUGGUUCGUUUGUGUUCCCGGACGCCUCUAGAGCACUGGAUCAAACAGUAGACGAAGCGGAUACAAAUGAUCCCAGACCGGCUCCAGAAGUUACCAAUGAAGAUACAUCGAACUUUUUGCAAGAUCUAGGAUUUUAUAACCCGGCAGAGGUCGCAGAUAGGCUAGACAUGCUAGCUGAAGAUCCUGUAAAAGAGGCCUUGAGGAAAUUUCAGCAGCGCUAUAACCUAUCUGAUACAGGCAUUCUUGACGACGACACAAGGCGUUUGAUAGCUGCUCCACGAUGCGGGUUGCCUGCGGAGCUCAACGAUGGGGAAAAGUGGUCCAAAAAGACUAUCACCUAUAUGAUUAAUAGUCUUCCUAGAAGUUUGGAUUCGUCGGUAGCCAGACAAACGAUAAGACAAGCGUUCGACGAGUGGACCAAAUAUGCUGAUUUGAAUAUUAGAGAGAUUAACCAAGGACAAGCCGACAUUUAUAUCAGUGACGAAGGAAGAAUUCACAGCAACCGAUUAGGAGGAGAAUGCCGAUUUGAUAGAGAUACAACAGUAGCACACGCAUACUUUCCCGAAAUUGGAGAUAUCCACUAUAACGGAGCAAGAAGCUAUACCGAAGAUGAAUUUUUCAGUGCAAACUUACACGAAAUGGGACACACUUUGGGCUUGGAUCACACAACUUCCCAGUCGUCCAUCAUGUUUCCCAUGCAUAUAAGGUAUCACUCAACGAUUCCUACAGAAGAUCAAAUCUCAUUGCAGAGUCUGUACGGUCCGCGAAUAAAUACUGUUAUCGAAACAACAACCCGAAGACCAGUUACAACCUCGAAACCGGCACCCAAAUUGUGCUCAAUCAACAAAAUUGAUACAAUUUUCAAUGACGCUCAAGGGAACACAAUUAUAUUUGCAGGUGAAUACUACUUUGAAUCGGACGAUUGGAACCCUCGAGGACGCUUGAUAUCGAGCAGAUGGUCGGGAUUACCCAGUAACAUCGACGCUUCCUUCACGUACCAUCGCAAUGGGAAAACGUUCUUUUUCAAGGGCACCAAACUGUGGGUUUAUGCAGACAACCAACUGGAAGCGGGAUACCCCAAAGCUAUCAGCCAAGAACUUCCGGGUCUACCCAACCACAUGGAUGCUGCUUAUGUAACAAAAGGAGGCAGCAUAGUGGCUCUCCGCAAUAAACAUUACUGGUUCUACAAUCCGAAGCUGCGUCCACAGGUUAGCAGCCAUUUCCCCCGACUGGUGUACGACUUCAAGAACAUGCCGACAAACAUUGAUGCAGCAAUGCGCCACACAGAUGGGAAGUUUUACUUUUUCAAGGGGCGUUAUUACUACACACUCAACUUGUCCAGCUUUACCGUGAGUGAAGCAAUGCCUUUAGAGGAUAUGUGGUUGCUUUGUUGAGAUUGGAAAUAAAAUAAAUACAUUUGAAGAGAGAAA